AUGCCUGCAGUACCAGACCAGUCUUCAAUCCAGCGCCGCCCUGCCUCUUCUCCCUCUCUUCUCUCUCCAGCUGGAUACGAUGAAGAUGUCACGCCUCUACGAGCUUUAUCGGAUCAAGAGUCGGACUCGGAGGAUGACCAGCUCAUGGAAGCUUCCCGAAGUACCCUCGACCUAGUACAACACGACCGUACCGUGCUCGAGGAGGAAGAGGAACGAGAGCGCCUGUUGAUCAAAGCCAAGUCUAGCCCUACAGAUGGCCUAAGACGGAUAUUCGGUGCUACGCCUCACGACAACGGGAGUUUUAUCUUUCUACCGACCACUAUUCUCAUCUCCCUUGACGGAUUCCGGGCAGACUUCCUCACCCGCGGCCUUACACCAACCCUCAAUUCCUUCAUAGCCGGUGGAAUAUCACCCAAGUACAUGCUUCCAAGCUUCCCGUCCGUCACAUUUCCCAACCAUUUUACAUUAGUCACCGGCCUGUACCCCGAGAGCCAUGGAAUUGUUGGGAACACGUUUUGGGAUCCCGAAUUAGAAGACGAUUUCUUCUAUACAAAACCUGCUAAAAGCAUGCAGCCAAAGUGGUGGACGGCCGAACCCCUUUGGGCCACUGCCGAAAAACAAGGGGUUAAAACCGCUAUCCAUAUGUGGCCAGGCUCGGAAGCACAUAUAAUGGGAAUUGAACCCACGUUUCUAGAUAAGUACAACGGCAGCGAGGCCCUACCACGCAAAGUCGAACGGAUAUUCGAUCUAUUAGAUCUCCCAGGAGAGAAGGAUGAAAACAUCCCACAGUCAAUCCAACAGAGACGGCCUCAGUUCAUUGCGGCAUAUGUCCCGGAUGUGGAUGCGGCAGGGCAUACGUUUGGCCCAAAUAGCACAGAAAUUAGGACGACCAUUGCCAGCGCUGAUAAAAUGCUAGCAUCGAUUCUUCAAGGCUUAGACAAAAGAAAUCUAACCGAUGUUGUGAAUAUUGUGGUCGUCUCUGAUCAUGGAAUGGCUACUACCUCGACGGAUAGAUUGAUCCAGCUUGAUGACCUGGUGAAUCUUGACCUGGUCGAGCGUAUCGAUGGCUGGCCUCUUCGGGGCCUUGUGCCAAAGCGAGCUGAAGAUAUCCCCUUAAUAUAUGAGCAAGCUCGAAAUAAUUCGCUGUCAUUGGGUCACGAUCAGAAUCUCGAAAUCUACACCCGCGAAACAAUGCCUGAGCGUUACCACUUUUCACACAAUGACAGGAUAGCGCCAGUGUGGGUAAUCCCCAAGACAGGUUGGGCAAUUGUCGAAAAACCAGAUUUUGACGUGAAAAAGGCGCAGAAGGACGGCACUGUCUACCAUCCUAAGGGUUUGCACGGCUAUGAUCACGAGCAUCCUCUUAUGCGAGCCAUCUUCGUUGCUCGUGGGCCUAGUUUCCCGCACAAAGCGAAUAGUCGAGUCGAACCGUUUCAAAAUAUCGAAGUAUAUAAUAUAGUAUGUGAUUCGUUACGAAUCAAACCCCAUCCAAACAACGGCACCUUACGUCUUCCCCUCAAACCCGUCGGCCUACACUCUGAUGGCAAAACCCCUCCCAUUGAAAACCUAGAUGGUCAAGAUCCCCCGCCAUCCACCACGGCACCUGUCCCUACUAGACGACCCAUUCAACGCCCAAGUUCCCCCACAUCCACCAUCGCGAAGACAAGUACGCCUGCUCCACCUGACGCAACUGGUAAAGGCCAAGAAAAGUCUUCGUCCUUCUGGCUCAAUAUUCUAGACAAAGUUAGAGGCUGGGUAAAUGACCUAACUGACGCAGUGGGAUUAACAUAA